UAAAAGUACCGUGUUAUACGGGGGAUGGUACCAAUUCUCGAACCGUGUUAGAGCGAAUCCGUGCUAUAGAAGUGCCGUGUUAUACGGGGGUUACCUGUAGUAAUAUAAAAUUGACUAAAGUUCACUCACGCAAGGUAUUCUGGUAUUAGUAGACGCAACACCACGUGGUUAUUGUCGUUUGAAUUGAGAUAGUGUUAUCAAUUUAUUAGUUGUUUCAUAUAUAAAUUUAUAUACUGUGUUUCAAUUUUGCUUUUUCGGUUGUUACAUAACAGAGGAAAAUAUUAUAAUCGAUCAAAUUUUCACUCUACAUGUGAAAAUAAGGCAAUAAUCAAAGAAAUGUCUAGUCUAAAGAAUUAUUUCCAACUGGUUAUUUUUUGAAAAAUCAGGAGUAAGUUGCGUAAUUUUUCUGGCAAAAAAGUGAAAAUUGCGUGUGGCGCCAUAUGUUACGAUAAUAUAUUUAAAAGCUUUUUAUAUUAAUAAUUACGUAAAAUGUCAAAAACAUUAAUUUUCAGAUUAGAGAUGGGUUUUAUAAAAAUUCUAAUAACAAGUAAAAUCAUAAUUAAAUCCGUCUGCGCUCGACGUAUGACACACGACCCCUUUCUAUCUUCACACACCUAGACUUUUUUAGCCAUCAAAAUUUAAUGGCCCUGAUACAUAAAACUCCCUGCAAAAUUUUAAAAAUUUUUGACUAGAGAAACAGGAGUUAUUAACUUUCAAAAUUUUUCCACGAAAUCGUUUCCCACCCACAUUUAUACAUACUGAAAACCACCAAACUUUUUGCAUUUCUCGGUGUUUCAAGGUCUCCCGAAUCCAAAAAUGUUAAAAUUUCUUGGGGGAGACAUUUUUGACCGAUCACCAUACUUUUCCCUGUUACAGUGCCGUAACUAGCCAUUCUUGUGCAAGAAUUUGCAUUUAGAUCCCUUAAUUAAUUAGGUUUGGGAAAAUAAUAAAACAAAUACAUGCAUUUUGGGCCCUCCUUCAAGUGGGCCCUGUGUUGGUGCACCUGUUGCACCUGCCUAGUUACGGUACUGCCCUGUUAUAUAGUCAUAUCGCAGGUGGAAAAGUAAUAAUGAAAGCGAAAGAAUUUUUAGUCUCGGAUAUGUUUAUCCACUGAUUAAUUGAAUAAUCAAGCCAUAGUUGCAAUGUAUUAAUGAAACCGAAAGCCUGAAAACGCGAGCAUUCUGAUAGGAAGCCAAUUACUUUCUUUUUGCUUUAUUACAAAUAAAAAGAUAAUUAAGUUAUUGUUUUUAUCAUAACUUAAUGUUAAGUUCGUUUUAAUUUCUCGGCUGUUAUAGCGUAACACCGAAAGGUAUUACAAUUGUGAUCGAAAGUAGUGUUUGAGACCUUCUGAACCCAGAAAAUAAAAAUAAGGAGGAAUUCUAGGUGUGAAGGGGAAAUUAAAUUGAUUCUAUUCAGAUCCCUCUAGAGCUCGUUCUGCUUAUCGGAUUUCGAUGAAUGUGUGUGUGUGUGUUAACAUUAUUUCGUUUAAUAUCUCAGGAUAGGGUAUAAAUGAAAUUUGGUGAGUAACUUGUAAAUAAAUGGAACUAAUGAUACUAAAUUUUGGAAUAUGCAACUCGAGGGAAUGAGGGAAUAGAGAGGAUUACUUGUCAUAUUUCGACUGGGAUCAGACAUAAUGAAAACUUUAUCCAUUAUUGGAGUUUACAAUACUUUUAAAAACUCAUCUCUAUGCUCAAAGCUGUACAGCAACUUCAUUUUAAAGGGGAAGUUUUCUUCUCAAAAUUUAUGUGUAGAAUUCAAAUUUAAGUUGAUAUGUUUCAUGAGGAGAUUCAGAGCAACCAUGGGUAUAUCUGCAGCAGGCUUUUUCUAUGUUAAAAGAGAUUUCUUAAUUCGGAUGGUAAGUAGACUGUAUUCCGUUUUCUCGUCUACAGUGGAUAUAACAGGAGUUAUGACAAAACAGAAAAUGUGUUAUUCAACUUCUAAUGCAGAGAAGUUUUUAUUAAAUAGAACAGAGAACAUAUUUUAGAAACAUACUCUGCAUUAACGAUAUUAAUAUUCAAUUUAAUUUAAUACUGUUUUUAUUUUAUUUUUUGACGUAAUAUUCACAGAAAUAAAUACUUUUGUACAUUCUUAGUGAAAAAACUAGAUUUGUAAUUUUGUGAAAUUACUUUUAUUAAAUUAUAUCACUGAAGCAGAAUCAUCUAUUAUUAUUAUUAAAUGUGAAAUUGCACAUCAUACAUUGAAAUUUCUGUGAGGUUAUCGAAAAUACCCUUUGAAAUUAAUCGGUUAUGCUUUGUUGUUAAUUAUAAAUGCAGUUUUUUAAAUAAAUAUUGUAAUCGCAUAAAUUAAAUUUUCAUAUUGUAUGGGCAAAUUAACAUAUUUAUAUAAAACAGCAGCAUUUCUCUGUCUGUAAUUAAUGGCUACGUAAUGGGUUCAAUAAGAUAUCCAGUCUUGUAUUACAUCAAAUCUAAUGGACGAAUAACGGCGAAAUUUUUAAGACAUUGGCAGUGUUUACUGAAGACAAUACUUUUACGAAAACAUGUUUUUUGUAUCUUACUUUUAUUGUAAAGGCUUACUUUAUUUGUUGACAUUUUUACGAAUUGUUGUUUCACUUAUCUCUUAUUCUUAUCUCUUUCACAAUUCUUAUCUCUUUCAUUAA